CAAAAUAUUUCUUUUGGCUCCCUACGCUGAUCCCCAUGGCGAACAUUCAGACUUCAGUGCUCGACGCGGUUAAACCGCCAUCGUACCAUUCCCUGCGGGUCGCUGCGUUCUCGUUCGCCUUGUCAUCAUGGGUUGAGGGUUAUUCCAUGUUACGAUACUCUGUUUCUGCUGCAUCGGCUCCAGAAACACAAUUAUUGGCGAUCUUGAAUGCCGUGGAUAGCGAUGAGGGCGAAGGCGAAGCUAGCUCCGGGUAUUGGUUCUCCCAAUGGUUACAUCGAAAAGGUAGAAGAAUGGAUGACGUUGAAAGACGGGCUUUAGGCAUCAUUGACAUCACGACCGCCGUGGGCGCCCUUCGUUCCCUACAGAGCAAACCCGUAUUGCCAUUCCUCCUCACUCCUCUAUUGACCACUAUUCCGUUACCAAGGCCUUCCGACAUGCGAAAUUGCCGUUGGACCAGAGUUCUUUUAUUGUGCUUCCUCCUCUGCUUAUUGAGGGAGCUCGAAAGGGUGAUUGUUGCGUGCUGCGUGGCUUAUUACCGUAAAUACCGGGACGCCAAGGAUGGCGUAUAUUCAGGCCCCGUCAUCGUCAGAGGUAUUCGACUUCCGAGGCCGCCCCCAUCAUCAAGUUCAAUAUACGAUGAUGCUGAAGACCAGCUGGACUGCAUGAUUUGUUCUGGGCAGAAUGACAUGUCACAGUCUGUCACAAGUCUUUCGUCCGUGAUGAGUGAUUCAGAAGCACAAGGACCACCACCGUCGACGACCGUGUCUAUGACUGCCGGAGAGAACCUCGGCCCGCUCGAGGCAUUUUGUACUGUUGCCCCAACGAAACAUGUCGCCCAUCGUGAAUGCUUUCUGAGGUGGCACUCAGCAUACCAAGCGCAAAGUCGACCUAGGAUCCCUGAUAUAGUGAUGCUAACUUCGAGAGCGCUCUCCACUGCAAGAGACGCCCGGGGGGGCUCGAAUAUACCAGAUGAGAUGGACAUGAGACGCGCUCGGGCACUCCUCCGUUCUGUUGGAUUUCUGUACCUUAUAGGGAUGCUGCGGCCCAAUACGGGUUCCUCGACUUUUUCACCUCCUCGCUCGCUAUCCCCCCUCUCCCCUCUCCUCGCUUCGGAACGCGGGGAUGCGACGUCGCCAUUUAUCCCUACGUUUACUCUUCACCCCCAUCAAUCGACCAAGGGCCCAUCCACAUCCUUAGAUCCUGCGUGGUCAGGACAGCCAAGUUCCUCUCGCGCUCGCCUCAACUCACGGCAAAACUCCUCGUCAACGCAAGAUCAUAUCCCGCCACGCUGCCUUGCGACCCUCCGAACGGAAUGUCCGCCAUGCCCUGGCUGCCGCUCAGCGGUUGAGAUGCACUUCUGUGCUGUCUCUCACAUGCGUGAUGAUAACCCCUCUCAACGGCAUAAAGGAUGGAUAACUCCUGGAUCCCCCUUAUCCCGAUUCAUUUGCCACUGUCGUACGGCUAUGAGGCACUUUGCACAUGAAGCAAGUGCCUUAAUUACUGGGAGGACUAUUGGCGCGUCACUGAGCACACAACUCUCCUUCUUGUUGACGAUAUGGUCCAUGACACGAGCAAGGGAUAAGACAAUUAAGCCUCGAGAAGUGCGGUAACUCGCUGGCGCUCGCACUACCCAACGUCCCAGCGCGCUGCUUUGAUUCAUUGGGAAGGGGCUUGGAGAAUUGCCACUGUGCACGGAAGGUGCACCGACCCGAAAUAUUAUGCGGGGGAAACUCGUCCCGACGCGUCGGCAAACUAGCGAACCACGAGCAGUAACGUUAGUGCAUUUCAAACAGUGGUCAAGUUCAGAAAGUCUCAUUGUGAAGAGACUGUCGAAAACAGAAGGUAUUUUGGACCGGUAUAACAAAUUCGAGUUGAGCGCAUCAACCUCAAUCAUCGCUUGAUCGCACAAUUUCAAUAAUAUUGUGUAGAUGUACAAUACGCGCCUAAAGUGCGGUGUGGCGGUUCAUUCAAUUGAGGUGCUUGUGCUUGCCCUGUGCUUGCUCAUAUUACCUGUUUGAUGACAGAUUGGUAGUAAUACAAGAAUUUUGUGUCAAAGCCAGAUAAUGUAUUCGGCAGGAAAAUGAUAUAUAUCCUAACUGUUGAC